GAUCUGCAAACCGCCAUUUUACAGAAGAAGAAAGUUUCCAGCUUCAGUUUAUUAGCUGAACUCGUCCAAAGCUAACCCGCCAUGCUAACGUUAACCAGAGUAGAGAUAUUCUUCAGCUGCUGAAGGAUUCCCUCACUUCUGCUGGACAGAACUGAAGUUCAGAGAAGAUAAAAUCAGAGCUGGAAUGGAGAGAAAACUCAGAACAACAACAAAAAUAAAUCAACAUUAAAGAUCUGUAACCGGUGUGGAAAUCUGUUUCCUCUGCAAAGAUCUUCGGAAUGCAACAGAACAGUCACUCUGAGGUGAAACCAUGCAGCUGUGAGAAGUGUGGGGAAGAGUUCAUCUCUUCCACAGACCUAAAAAACCAUCAGCUGAUCCACAGUGGGGUUAAGUCAUUCACCUGUCAUGACUGUGGAAAAAGCUUCCGCACAGAAAAACAAGUAAAAGCCCACAGUGUUGUCCACACUGGCGAAAGACCUUUCAGGUGUGACCAGUGUGGAAAGACGUUCAGCCGUAAAUCAAGCAUGUAUCUCCAUAAGCAAACCCACUCAGGAGACCCAGAGAAACAGUUCACCUGUGAUCAGUGUGGAAAGACUUUUAGAAACUCUUUAAACCUGAUUGCCCAUAAACGUCGACACACUAAACCACGACGAUACUCUUGCAAUGAGUGUGGGAAAACCUUUGCAAAUCGUCUUCACUUUGUAGACCACCAGAUGUUCCACAGUGGAUUAAACCCCUACAGAUGUGACCUGUGUGGAAAAUGUUUCAUAGUAAGCACCUCCUUAAAGAAACAUCUCCUCCUCCACGCUGCUGAGAAGCCAUUUGUCUGUGAUGAGUGUGGAAAAGGUUUUAUUCGUAAGACUGACCUCAGAGUCCAUCAGCUUGUCCACGCUGCAGUUAAACCCCACAACUGUGAAGAAUGUGGAAAGUGUUUCACAACAAGACACAAGUUAAAAGCACAUCAGAGCUUUCAUAUCCAGGGGAAAUGUUUCACCUGUGAACAGUGUGGGAAGGCUUUCCACACCAAAUCAAAUCUCACAAGACAUCAGAGGGUUCACACUGGAGUUAAGUCAUUUUGGUGUGGGAAGUGUGGAAAAUCAUUCAAUCAAGAAGGAAACUUAAAAAGACACAGCUUCAUCCACACUGACAGAAGGUUCUCCUGUGAUACAUGUGGGAGAACCUUCACUACCAGGGACCAGCUGAAAGCACAUCAGAUCACCCACAGGGAAGGAACACCAUACUGCUGUGGUCUAUGUGGGAAACUCUUCAUUCGGAAGAUAUCCUUAGUGGCUCAUCACCACAUCCACACUGGAGAUGAACCAUACAAAUGUGAGCAGUGUGGGAAAGUCUUCAGCCGAACUGACCGCCUCAGAGCCCACCAGAAGACCCACUCUGAGGAGAAACCACACAGCUGUGAGCAGUGUGGGAAGACUUUCAAGCUGUCCCGUUAUCUAAAACAACAUAAGAAAACUCACAGCAGCAAACCAGCAGUCCAGAGGACAGGGAGGAUCCACCAGGAGAAGCAGAGCAGCACAGAAUGAGCUGCUUCUCAGCCCAGCGAUGGUGGAGAACCAAACGGUUCUGGGAGAAAAGUCAGCAGAGAAAAAGCUUCAAAGUUCCAAACCUGAGAUCAGUGAAGACAACCUGAAGUUCAGCAGACUGAGGGGAAGGUUUCACCUGAACACCUUCAGGAAAUGUCCCUGAAUUCAUCCUGAACAUUCAAAACCUUCACAUCAGACUAAAGAGUUCACGUUUCUAGUGUUCAUUCUCCUUUUCCAGCAAACCCUGACCUUUGACCUUUAAUGUCAUGUUACCAGGGACCCUUCCCAUCAUUAUUCUUCUUUAAAAAUCACUCAGCUGUUGCUGACAUGUUUCAUAAUUAGAAGUUUCUGGUUCUUCCUGUUGAUGCCAUGUUUAGGUAGCUAGAGCGCUAAUAGUAGCUAACAGCUGAACUGGGUCAGCUGGUUCUGGAGGGAUCCAGAUUCUGCUGGAUCUGAAGCAGCUUCAGAUCCAGCAGAGGUUUUUUUCUAUGGUUGCUGUGACAGAAGAUUUUCCUCAUGGAGAACAUCUCUGAGUUUGUUAAUGCAGUUAAAACUCUUAGUUUGAAAGGUCUGAAUCCCAUUUCUCUUUGUCCUCUGCACCUGAGUCCAUACUGGUCUCUAUUUUUGUCCUUCACUCUAGUCCCAGACACAUCAUUAGUGUCCUAAAGUCCUUGCACAGAAGCAGAACCUGUGAAGGACCCAUAAAUGUUGUGUGAACUCUCAUCGAGCAGCAGCAGAUGUCGACUCACUUCAUUUUCUUCUGCUUAAGAUUCAAACAUGAUUCAUCAAAAUCCAUGAAAACUGACACAUCAGCGCUUUCUACUCUUCUUGAGACAAUCAAAUAUUUGACCAGAGAACUUAAUCAGUUUCACAAUUUUCUAUAUUUGAGAUCAGGCAAUUAAAGAAUAUCAGACUAAACCUGAUUGUUUCUGCAACUCUAAAAUAGGUUGAUUUAGAAAUAUUUCAAUUAUUUUUCAUGGAUUUUAUAAAUCAGAAUAAACAUUAUGUUGUGCUGAAAGCUCUGCCCACUUCCAUGUCGCAGUAAAUACUGGACCUUCCCACUUCUUGCUAAUCCAGGGUAGAAAAUGGGAUUGAAACUUAAUCUGCUCCAGGGUCUGAGUUGAAAUCCCAGUUGGAUUGUUGUUGGAUUGUUGUUCCUGUUUCUGUGUUUUUGAGCUGCUUCCAGCUCCAUGUUUGUGGAGUUUGGAUCCUGUUAAUGGUUCUAAGUUCUGGAUGGUUGGAAAAUGUUCCCUAAUGUUGAGAUGAUGAUGAUGGAUCUGCUGCCACUGGCAGGAAAUGGACAGGUGUUGUUCCCUGUUCAGCCACCAGAUGGAGCCUCUUACUGACCAGAGUUUGGAAAUGUUGCUGCUGAAAGAGUGUUGGUGAGGUUGUGUUGUUUAUUUCUGCUUUCAGGACAGACAUAACAAUCAGCAUUUGCUUUAUUUUCCACCUGAACGGUUCAGUUUGUUCUCAUGAAAUGUUGAAAUAAAGAAAGUUGAACCUUCA